CAGACGAGGUAUUGCACGCAGGUAUGACAUAGAAAAUCUUCAAAAUUGCAAAAUUGUACCGCUAAGCAACUUGAUGAGAAAAAUGUGUGGUUGGCAUGCAACGAUACAGAGUAACUGGAGCGAGCGACACUGGAUACUAUGACGCUUUCAACUAAGGACUUGCAGGUUGGGCUCUUCAUCAAAUAUUUCCUAGGAUUGCUAAAUGAGGGUAUCCCACACUUAUCUAAGACACCUCCUCGGCGAAAGAAAUCCUCAAGGACGCCUUAACGUCAAAAGAAUUGAUGAAUGCACCUGAUACGCUAGAGGAUCAAGACAUGGGAGAGGAAAUAGCCAUAGUUGCUUCAUCAAUGGCGAGCCCUCCUAAGUCUACUAGAGAAGCAUCCCAAGCUCUGGAAAUAACCAUAGUUGCUUCAUCAAUGAUGAGCCCUCCUAAGUCUAUUGGAGAAGUAUCUCAGGCUCCGAUACACUUUUGUUCUAUAUAUUGUAGAUUUUUAGUGUUUUUGAUCUAUAUAUAUUAUUACCUUGUAUUAAUUGUAUUUAACCUACAAUAUGCCCCUUCUUGGUUUGGGCAUAACGUGGAUCCUCUCAAGUUCCAUUUUAAGAAGACUCCUAAGUCUAACAAGGUAAGGAAAGAAAAGGCAGUAGAUCCCAGAUCAGAAGAUGAGCCAUCUACAAAGCCACGUACUGCAUCAAAGAGGCUCCAUUUUGAUGAUCCACCACAACUAUAGGAUCAUUUAGUGUUAGUUGUGGUCAUCUAAGGACCAAUAGAUCUAGAUAUAGUCUACAUUUUUAUUGUAUAUUGAUCUGGACAUGGCAUAUACCAUAUUUUUGUAAAAAAAUUAUUGACUUGGCAUAUAUGCCAUUUUUUGUAUACAUAGAC